CGACUGUCGCAAACGGCUGUUCAAGGUCAAGACGUGUCAGAGUAUCCGCUCUGAUAGACCUUGCAGCGAACCGCCCCGCGACGCCGAAUAUCUCAAAUGGGGAAGAAGCGGACCCAUGCUGAGACUAAGGAUGGCUUCACGAAGCCGCCGCCGGGCAAGGACCGGGUAAAGAGCGACAAGAAGGAUGCGCGGAAGGGUGGAGAUGCCAACAAGAAGCGCUCGGCAUUGAUUUUCCAAGUGCAACCAGAAUGGCACACCGUCGAACUGCCACAGCUCCGCAUAGUCGAGAACCCUACGAUACCCCCGAAAUACAUCCUCGACGAUUUGCACGCCUACGCAGACGAGCUUCUGGAAGCCGAGACAAACGAGUAUGCCGCGUCUCACAUGUCCAAGGAUGCUUCGCACAAGUUCAUGUCAACCAUCAUGGCAUCUGGUACCAUGGAAGAUAAGGUCUCGGCCCUGACGCUGUUGGUACAAGAGUCGCCACUGCAUACCACUCGGGCGUUUGAGCAGCUGCUGGGAUUGUCGCGCAAAAAGAGCAGGAGUGCGGCCAUGAUGGCUUUGGCUGCGCUCAAGGAUCUGAUGGGACAGGGUGUUCUGCUGCCACCGGACCGGAAGCUGAGGGCUUUUGCACGACAGCCUGGCCUUCUCAGCGCGCUGCAAGGAAAGAACAUGCAUUGGAAGUACGGCGAGAAGCUGCCCGGCGAGCUACAGAAGGUCCACCUGGUUGCAUGGUCGUACGAGGAUUGGCUGAAGAAGCAGUACUUCGAGAUGCUCAAGAUCAUCGAGGGCUGGACCAACGACGAAGUCGAAUACUCGCGAAACCGCGCCGUGAACUUUGUCUGGGAGCUGUUGAAGGAGAAGCCGGAACAGGAAGAGAAUUUGCUCAGACUGCUCAUCAACAAGCUCGGAGACAAAGAGAAGAAGGUAUCGUCGCGAGCGUCGUACCUGCUUCUCCAGCUCCAGAUCACUCAUCCGCUGAUGAAGAGCGUGAUCAUCAACUCCAUCGAGUCGGACCUCAUCUUCCGACCGAAUCAGAGUGCUCACGCCAAAUACUACGCCGUCAUCACCCUCAACCAGACUGUUCUGAGUGUGAAAGAGCAGGAAGUCGCCAAUAAGCUGUUGGAGAUCUAUUUCAGCAUCUUCCUCGGCCUGCUCAAGAAACAGAAGGACCACGAGAAGGAAGAGAAGAAGAUUGCAGUGCUUAACAAGAAGGGUGAGGUGCAAGGUGGUGGCGCAUUGCCCGGAAAAAUGGCGAAGAAGAAGGCCGAGAAGGACGCUACAUUGGCAUUCAAGGUUGCGGACGAGUCAAGAGAAAAGCUGAUCUCUGCUAUUCUCACGGGUGUCAACCGCGCGUUCCCCUUCGCCAAGACUGACGAUGCCAACUUUGAGGAACAGCUCAACACCAUCUACCAGGUCACUCACUCUUCCAACUUCAACACCGGCAUCCAGGCCAUGACCCUCAUUCAGCAAAUCUCUGUUACUAAGAACAUCUCCACCGACCGAUUCUACCGGACACUGUACGAAUCCCUCCUCGAUCCUCGCCUCAUUGCGACUUCAAAGCACAUCAUGUUCCUCAAUCUUCUUUACCGGUCACUCAAAGCGGACACCAGCAUCAAGCGCGUCAAAGCUUUCGUCAAGCGCCUUCUCCAGAUCAUUCACCUGCACGAACCUCCUUUCAUCUGCGGUGUUCUAUACCUCGUCAACGAACUCAUCACGACCUUCCCCAGCAUCAAGUCUAUGUUGUCCACACCAGAAGACCACGUCGACGAUGGUGAGGACGAGCACUUUGAGGACGUACCUGAGGAUGGUGAGGACAAGUCAGACGAGAAGAAGACCGCCAAGCCUGCCUACGACGCUCGGAAACGAGAUCCUGAACACGCUCAAGCAGACCUGUCAUGUCUGUGGGAACUGCUGCCACUUCAAGCACAUUACCACCCCUCAGUACACGUUUUGGCUUCGAAGAUCGUGCACCAAGAAGCUAUCAAGGAGAAGCCAGAUCCAACACUCUACACUCUCAUGAACUUCCUCGACAAGUUCUCCUUCCGCAACGCAAAGACCAAGUCACAGGCUGUUCACGGCUCCUCUAUCAUGCAGCCUAUGGCCGGCACCUCAAAAGCGUCCGACUACCUCAUCACCUCCCGUGAAGGCGACCGCACUCACGACCCUCUCAACUCAGAAGCCUUCUGGCGCAAGAAGGUCGACGACGUCCGCGACGACGAGGUCUUCUUCCACACCUACUUCGAAAAGGCCGGCAAAGCCAAGCAGGCCGACAAGAAGGCGAAGAAGAAGAGCAAGAAGGACGACAGCGACGACGAGAGUGCCGAGGACGAGAUCUGGAAGGCUCUGGUCAAGUCGCGACCAGAUGUCGAGGGCGAUGGCGGCGACGAUGACAUGGACGACUUCGAUAUGGAUGACAUGAUGAGCGACUCCGACGCCGAGGGCGGCGUCACAAUGGACGAUGGCGUCGAACUCAACCUCGGCAGCGAUGACGAGGACGAGGCGCCUGCGCCUGCUGACGACGAUGACGAGGAUGACUUUGCCAACUUCGACCUCGACGAUGAAGACGCGUUCAUGGACGACGAGGAUGAUAUUCCCGUCGACCUCGACGUGGGCGACGACGCAGACGACACCAAGGAUGGCCGCAAGAAGAAGAAGAGGAAGCUCAAGCAGCUCCCGACCUUCGCUUCUGCAGACGACUACGCGAAGCUCAUCGGGGACGACAGCGAGUAGAUGUAAUCACUGGUUAUGUAUAGGACACCUGUGGAGCCAGCCGGAACGGGCGUUAGGCUAUGAUGACAGGCGCAUCGGGACGUUCACGGAGUUUGUUGCAUGCUUCUGGCGCCUUCAUGUAGAUAUCCUUUGUUCUUGUAAUGCCAACACCCAAGACACCUCUCACAUUGUUA